UAAACUUCAGGAAACAAAACGGCAUCACUUUAUAAACAAAAAGCAAAACAAACCAACCGUCUCUCUCUUCCAGCUUCCUUCUUUGAGCACGAAACGCAAUUCAAUUGAAUUCAAUCGCAAAAAGAGAGGGACUGAUUGUCUUCGAGAAGGAAAUAUGCGCAUAUCUCUUUCUGGAAUGCGAAGUGCUUUCCCCUUUUCAAGACUCGUAAGGCAGCUUGAACAAGAGAUGGAAACGGUGGUUAAGGUACUGCAGCCUGGACCUUUGGGAAUAGUGGAGCACAAUUUCUCUGCUAUGGAGAUGCGUCAGGCAAAUGCCAUUGUCCGCACUGCAGUAGACAAUUGGCGGAGGAAUGCAAAUCUAGAGAAGAGAAGCAGCGUGUUAAGAGAUUUUAUUCAGAAAUAAUCGCUGCAUCAUUUUUCCUUGACUAUCAAAUCAUUUAUAUUUUCUAGAUUUCUAAGCCCUAGUCAAAUACUUCAUCGUGAUGUUAUUACACCGUUGUCUUUUUUUUUUUUGUCAAUUUUUCUCAGAAGAAGCACUUUUUUGAAGGAUUUUAUUUUCCGUUUCUGUUUCUUUUGUUACUUAUUUUUAGAGACGAAUUCCUUUAGGGUCUGUUUCUUUUGCCUUUGUUCGGUUCUUAUUGAGGAUCCCCAAGGUGCUUUUGAUGACUGAAACAGCGGGAUAUCCUUUUGAAACUUGUAUGAUUUGCAAGCCUGGCCGCUUAUAUGGCUGCGAACCCUGGGAUGUUAGCUCCCUGUCAGCUUCAUUUGUUCUAGUGAUACAGUGAUCUGCAUGCUCAA